AUGAAAAGUUCAUAAAACUUUCGUAUCAAAUCGAUAAAAACAAACUAAUAAAAUUCAAAUCAAUACAGAUCUUUGUAGAUGAGUUUGACUUGCAGAUCUUUAACAAAUAGAGUUGUAAAAUAGAUGGGCUAAUUUUAAAAAAGUGUCAUCUAAAUUUAACCGAGACAAGCCUUACAAAAAUAGAGUAGUAUUAAUUGCAGACAGUCACUUGUUUCUGUUACUGAAAGUUAGGUGAGUGCGGAUGAAGAGUUUGAAAUCUGGGAUAACAAUCAAGAUCUUAGAUUGAAGAAACUGGUGAUAGAAGAGAGAAAACCCUCAGUUGGACAGUUCCUACAAUUAUACAAAGCUAGAUAUGGAGGAUUCCCAGGUUAUAGAUAGCCAAUUUAGAAUGAGGAAGUCAUUAAAGCUGCAAUAAAUCAUGCAUCAUCGAGUAAAUAAUUAUUCAAGAAAUACUUUCCAAAAAAGUAGAUAGUCUUUGAGGAUGACAAUGACUAUUCUUAGCCAUAUAAGAUUGAAGAUGAUUAACAUUUUAAAAGUUUCAAUCGUUUUUUUAGAAACAAAAAGCUUCAAACUUCUCUAAAGAUCCCUUUGCAGAAUCAGGUAGAAAAAAGCAGAUGA